AUGAAUCAGGACUUUGCUUUCAGAGUUGCAGAUUUACUAAACAAAACUUUCACCACAAAUAACAGUUCUGAGAGAAAAGCCGCUGAAGAAGAACUUGAGGCUUUGUCUAAAAAUGAAGGCGACUACUUACAAGCAUUGUUAAAUAUCAUUGCAUCAGACAACCCAAGUGUUUCUUUACAGAUCAAAAACUCAGCAGCUCUUAGUGUGAAAAAAUUAAUUAAACUGAAGGAUGAUGAAGGAAAAAUCAAGGAAAAUGCUCUAGCUGUUGCUCAACUUAUAUUUGCGGUGCUAAUAAGUCCAAAUAUUGAAAUCCAAAUCAGAGCGUCUUUAGGGUAUGCUCUAACUCCAAUUUUUAGUCAUGAAAACGAACUGCUUUUAUCUCAAAUGUUUCCUUAUGUGUUCACCGCUCUUGAUGGGCUAGAGUGCUCUGUUUUAGGCGCUUUCAGAGCCUUAAGAGCGAUCUUUAAUGAUGCUGUCCAUAUGCCUUCACUUAUUGUCUAUUAUAAGCAUCUGCUGGAACCAGUUUUGCUUAUUACAGAUAAAACUAUCCAAAAAUUAAAGCUGAAUAGUGAAAACAUAGCUUUGGCUGAUUUAAGUUUAAGUUUAAGAUUACUCUUCUAUAAGUCCAGAUUCUUGCAGAUUGACAGCUCUGAAUAACGAUAGGUAAUACCGGCCUAACCGUCGACUGUUCAUAUCCCCAAAUUCUCUAGGACCUUUUUAUCUACACACUAGCCUCAGCGUAUAUCACUUCUCUUUGAGCCAAAACCCUCAAGAUGCUGUUCUUUUGAGUUAGGCUGUAGGACCGUUGUUCUACUUUAACUGCCAUUUUAAAUUCUAUAUGCUUUGGCUGAUAUUUUGUGUGAAGUGUCUGGAUGGUUGACAAUUGCUAUUGAGCACUUUGAGAUCACAUCCAGGUCUGCAUUGGAAGAAAUAAAAGACAUGAACCUCCUCUAUCAAAUUUAUUACAACAUCCUCAGUUUUGUGCCUGCAGAUAACUCGUUAGGCCAAAAUACGCUUAUAAGCAUUGACCAAAAGCCUUUGCAUAUCAAGCUUAACCAUUCGAAAUCCCAGCUUCUGCAAGGCCUUAACCUUAUUUUGCAGUUUGCCGAAGAGAAAAAAAUAAAAGAGUUCUUAAUUGAAGAGCCUGAUUCCUAUUUAGUCCAAUUCUUGAAGCAAAUUGUAGAGCCACUCACUUUAUCCUUGCACACAAUUGUAAUGCGGCCUGACUAUGAAGCCAUAUUAGACGAUAACUAUAUAAAAGAGUAUUUUGUUGAGACCUUGGUCGUUCUUAGCAAGCUUGCAAAUGAAAACAAAUUUUUAUGGUUUUUUAUCCAAAAUUUUAAAGGAAUUAUCGUUGAAGUCUGUCUACCUCUAAUUAAAGCAUUCAGAGAAGACUAUGAGUCAAUUGACUUGUACCCUGAAGAGUUCGUUAACGCUUCUUUAGAAACAUGCGAAAGGCAAGAAUCCGACACUUUUAAGACCUCAGCAGUGGUACUUUUAGAGGCCUUAGCAGAAAGAGUUGAUGGAGCUUUGAGCUUUUUAGUGAGUUUUGCUUGCCAGGUUAUAAGCUGGACGCUAACUCAGGUAAAGCAUGAGACUUAUACGUAUUUAGAUGAAUUCCAGCAGAGCAAGAUAUUACAGUCUUCUGAUCAGCAGCGUGUAGAGGUUUGCUUAUUAAUGCUGGCUGCUUUAUCUAAUUAUGUGAUAUCAAGGAAAGAUUUAUUUACAACAGUAGAAGUAUUGAUUAAAGCACAUCUGGCUCCUUUGACUCAAGUUAAUUCUAAUAUAAUUCACCAAAGACUUUGCAUGGUCAUUCGGUACUAUUUAGGGUAUUUAUAUGAAAAAGACAGCGAAACUUUUAUGAAACUCAUUGAAAUUCUGCUUGGAUUCUGCAAUCCUACAAAUAAUCAUCAAAUAGUAUCAAUGCAAGGCUCAGAAGCUCUUUGCCAUAUAUUAGAAAGCGAAGAGACUAUGGGAAGACUUGAGCCUUUGUUUUCGCCUAUCCUGAGCUCGAUGAUUCUGCUUAUCCCUCACCAGAGGUCAAAAACUUUUUUUGAGUCUAUCCAAGAGAUCCUAUCCAGCAACACAGAAAUUGCUUUGCCUCAUUUAGGUACCUUAAUUCCUCUUUUGGUCCAAAAAAUCCAGAAUGAACUGCCAAGCUUGAAUGAGUCUGGGGAAGGUAAAAAGAAAAAGAAAACAAAUAUUAUUAUAAUUAAGUGCUGGAAUAUGAUAAGAUUUAUUGCAGACGUAAAAGAAACGACUGCUGAGCAAGUCCUUGAAAUUGAAAAGCAGCUGAUACCACUUUUUGAGUAUAUGAAAAAUCCUAAUGAUAUAGAAUUUGAUGAAGACAUUUAUUUAUUCGAAACUACUCUUAUGAGGAAAACCAAAUCUGUAAGUGAGGCUGGAUGGAUUCUCUUUAAUCUUUUAACUUUGGUUCAAGAGAAAUUUGACAACACCUUUAUUCAGCUUUUUGAGCCGAUUAAUUGCUACUUAGAAUUUGGGGCAGCUGCUUUUAUUGGAAAUCCUGAAUUGAUCGGGAAAUUGACAGAAAUGUGCAGAAAAUGCUUAUUCGCCAAAUAUAAAAAGAAAACAUCUGAGAGAGAAAAUAUGGAAGCAGCACUAAUAUAUCAGCAAUUAUUACAGUCUUUUCCACAAGUUUUAGAUGCCAUUUUACCUUCUAUUUUGAGUUCAAUAAUGGAGCGCCUAAACAGUCGUAUAAAAAAAGACUAUUUCAGAGUCAGACUUUUAGGAGUAAUUUUAGCUUCUUUUGACUAUAACUGUCAACUUUCCAUCUCAAUUCUUUCGAGUGCUAUGACUCCCAAUAAUGAUACAUGCUUGGAUAAUGCUUUAAAGCAAAUCCUUGCAUCUAUUAAUCACUUUAAAGAGCAAUAUGAUAAAAAAGUUGCUGUAAAAGGACUUUGCAACCUCUUAGUUCAGCAAGACCUUCCUCAAGGAAUGGCAAUUGGACACGAAAUGAUAUUCAAAAUGAUAAUACAAAUAUUAUCUGGAGCUGUGCCAGUUGAAGGAAGCAAAAUGGCUAUAGAAGGAGCUAAAAAAACAAAGAAGCAGAAAACAGAAGAGCAAGAAGCCAAUAUGAUUUUGAAGACAUUUUUAUCCCCCAUGAAUCAGUUUGAUGAGUAUCAUCACUUCAAAGAAACUAUUAAAUACAUUCAAACUGCAACUCCUUCCAAGAUUGAAGGGCUUAUAAGUAAUUUAGACCAAGCCCAAGCAGAAACAUUAAAAAAUAUAGUGAAGAAGCAAAGAGUCAGUAUCGCAGGCCGUCAAAUGCCGAUAUCAUCAAUUAGGUCAAUUCUUAAACCAAAAUACAAAGCAGCUCAUAAUUAA